GGUGCUCUUCUGGGAUGCCUUAGCAUGGAAUUAUAACAGCUGCCAUAGAAGUGCAACCAGAAUAAACCAGUGUGUGACUUUGCAGCCGUCCCAUCGGCAGUCCUUCGUUUAAGUGUCAUACAGGACAAGAAAAUAAAGAGAACUUAUUCAAGAGCAAAUUAUGGAAUGUGUUUCACUGACUGAGCGCACCCAGAGGAACUUUCCUGCCAGUAUUUUUAUUACCCUCAGUUAGCAUUUUCUCCAUUCUCUUGAACACUAGCACUUUCCAGCAGAGCUGAUCCCUGUUACACAGCUCUGCUCAACAGGUUUUCAUACUCCUGUUUUUGCUUCCCCCGCCCCCGAUUUCUAAUUUUCCCUUUUUUUUUUGACCUGGAGUAAGAGCAAGAAAAAGAAACCGCCAACAUGGUUCUUGACGAGUAUCUGUGGAUGGUUAUAUUGGGCUUCAUCAUAGCUUUCAUCUUGGCCUUUUCUGUUGGUGCAAAUGAUGUGGCCAAUUCGUUUGGCACUGCGGUGGGUUCUGGAGUGGUGACUUUACGGCAGGCUUGCAUACUGGCAUCAAUUUUUGAAACUGCCGGCUCGGUAUUGCUGGGAGCUAAAGUUGGAGAAACCAUCCGGAAGGGUAUCAUCGAUGUAAACCUUUAUAACAACUCUGUGAGCCUACUGAUGGCGGGAGAGGUUAGCGCUAUGGUUGGCUCAGCUGUCUGGCAGUUGAUCGCAUCCUUCUUGAAACUCCCAGUCUCCGGGACGCAUUGCAUAGUUGGAGCAACAAUCGGCUUCUCUCUUGUUGCUAUCGGUACACAGGGUGUGCAGUGGAUGCAGCUUGUCAAGAUUGUUGCCUCUUGGUUCAUUUCUCCGCUGCUCUCCGGUCUGAUGUCUGGUGGUCUUUUUAUGUUGAUUAAGUUUUUCAUCUUGAAUAAGGAGGAUCCAGUUCCCAAUGGACUACAGGCACUCCCAAUAUUUUAUGCUGCUACAAUAGCUAUUAAUGUAUUUUCUAUAUUGUACACUGGUGCCCCAGUUCUAGGACUUGAUUCUUUUCCUGUGUGGGCUACGGUGUUAAUAUCACUAGGCGUUGCCGUUUUAUUUGGUCUGGUAGUAUGGUUUUUUGUUUGCCCAUGGAUGAGAAGGAAAAUAGCAAGUCGAUUAAAGAAAGAAGCAAUGUCGCGCAUAUCGGAAGAAAGUCUUGAUAAAAUUCAAGAUGAAGAGAAUGCUGUCUUUAAAGAGCUGCCUGGUGCAAAGGGGAAUGAUGAAAGCGUGGUGCCUCUAACUAGUGCUACUACUGAAGCGGCGAUUGGAUCAGAGCCCGUAGCCAAUGGAAGCACGAGGGUACCAUAUGGAAGAGCUGCUUCAAUGACAAAUGGCUCCAUACGAUCUCCAAUUUCUAAUGGCACAUUUAGUUUUGAAGGCCACAAUAUAAAAAGUGAUGUUCACGUGUAUCAUACAGUACAUAAGGACUCAGGGCUGUACAAGGACUUAUUACACAAAAUUCAUCUAGAUAGAGUGACCGAUGAUCGUCCUUCUCAUGAAAACAAUUACAGGGUGCUAAGGCGCAACAACAGCUACACGUGCUAUACGGCUGCUAUUUGUGGCAUGCCUGUACACUCAACGUUCAAAGCAUCUGACACUGCAACUCCAGAGGACAGCGAAAAGUUAGUUGGAGAUUCUGUGUCUUACUCAAAAAAACGUAUACGGUAUGAUAGCUACUCCAGCUACUGCAAUGCUGUAGCAGAAGCGGAAAUUGAGGCAGAGGAAGGUGGCAUAGAGAUGAAGCUUGCCACAGAACUCGCCGAUCCAAUUCCUCCUCAGGAUGAUUCUUUAGAAGAGGAAAAAGAAGAUAAAGACAAGUCAGAUGUCCACUUACUCUUCCACUUCCUCCAGAUUUUGACUGCCUGUUUUGGAUCGUUUGCUCAUGGAGGAAAUGAUGUCAGCAAUGCCAUUGGACCCCUAGUUGCUCUGUGGUUAAUUUACCAGCAAGGAGGAGUCAUGCAAGAAGCUUCAACCCCAGUGUGGUUGCUUUUGUAUGGUGGAGUCGGGAUCUGCGCUGGCCUUUGGGUAUGGGGUCGUCGAGUAAUCCAGACGAUGGGAAAAGACCUAACCCCAAUUACUCCAUCUAGUGGAUUCACUAUUGAGUUGGCUUCAGCGUUCACAGUUGUGGUAGCUUCCAAUAUUGGACUCCCUGUCAGCACCACACACUGCAAGGUUGGAUCGGUGGUGUCAGUGGGCUGGAUCCGCUCACGGAAAGCAGUGGACUGGCGUUUGUUCAGGAACAUCUUCUUGGCCUGGUUUGUGACAGUACCUGUAGCUGGCCUCUUUAGUGCAGGAGUGAUGGCCAUCCUUCAGUACGGCAUCCUACCCUAUGUUUGAUCUGACUACUAAGGCAAAAAUCCUAUUUAAAUGUCCUCUACUGGAAACCACACAAAGCUACAGCAAUAUUGCAAGCCGCUCGCUUCACCAAAAUGUGGAAAAUAGCAAGCCCUUGUACUUCUUCUAAAUGCAUCAUCAUCUUGAUGUAAUAAUGUUGCUGUAUAUAAUGUAUGUCAAAAUGGUGAUAUGGUGAGAUGUGGCUCAUUACUUAUAUUUAAAUAAAUAUAUAUAUAUGCGUAUAGUAGGUUACACUACCAGAGCAUUAUAAUUUGGGAUGGGAGUAAUUGCAUAGCCUUUUAUAUCUAGAUAAAAGCUGUACAUAAUGUAUUAUUUUUGUGAGGUUGCUUUUUUAAUAUUAAAAGAAAAAUAGUAUGACUUGUCAAAGAUGCCCACAUCUACAUGGUAUAUGUACUGUAAGUGCUAAGCGAGGUACGGGGUGAGUCAAUUAUACAUUUUGUAAAGAGAAGUAGGGUUAUGAUGGAGUAUGAAGAAGACUGGAAUAAGUACAUACAAGAUGUGCAUAAUUCUUUAUGGGGAAAAGGUCACGCCCACUAAGCAGAUUUAUAUGUAUUAUAAUUUUGCAUUUGUAAAUACAUUAGCAUAUUUUUAUUAGCACCUUGCCCUUCCACUUGUGUAGUAGAGUACCAAAGAAGGUAGGGUUGGAGAGUACGAGUCAAGUCACAUUUUUGUGUGUCAGUGCUUCAGCAACCUGCUUCUUGUCCAAGCCUUCAGAAUCGUAUGCUGUAAUGAAGCUGAAUGAGUAUGUGCAGAACAGCAUUAAUGUAUGUAACUGCUGCAGUUCACUAGUAACGCAGCUUUCCAUUUUCAUAAUGAAUUUUGUUUCUCGGCUCCAGUACUUGAAAUCCCUGCAUAAGUCAGCUUCUAUUAUCUUCUUUUAACAGGACUUCUGUGACAAUAACUGAUGCCAUGUCACUCAUUAAAGGAACAUUUAAGUCAAAAAUAAAGAAAUUGCUAUGAUAUAGUGUACCUCAUUGGUACGUUGUGAAGACUUUGGGGGAAAAUGUAUUAAGACUGGCGUUUUAAGAUGCUGGUUUUAAUAAGGCCCUGCACUGGUGGUUGAUCCGCCGCAGUUAAGUAAAAGCACCGGCCUCUUCAUAACUUCGCCAGAUCCACCGCCACUGCUCAAUGUAAGACAGUUUCCGAGCUGUUUUACAGUUAGACCAUUUUCUACGCCUAAAACGGCCAUAGAAAAUAGUAAAUGAGACAUGUCUGCCGGCCACUUCCCACCCGUGCCGCUCCCACUUUUUUAGACCUGGCAUGAGCGGUGAAAAGUAGCAGAUUGCCUUUUGCGCUGCAAUAUGUGUCCGAAAUGCGCCUAAUCAUAUUUCUGUUUAAUAAAUGACCCCCUUUGUUUUCCCUGUUAUUUUCGGAUACUGCCUAUGUAGCAUCACACGGCUAGAACUUCGGCAGCACUGAUUUUUCCAGACAAGGUAUAGACAUAAUUUUGUUAAUUACCCCUACAUACACUGUUGGCAGGUACACACGACUAAGCUUUUCCCACAGCGGUAAAACUAGAAGUAGAGGCAAAUAACCAGCCAUAAACUAGAUGAGAUAUGUAUACAUCUUAAAGGGGUUAUCUGAUCUAGAUAACUUGUCCUAUGCCCAAUUCUGACAUUAUUAAUAGGAUUGUAUCCCUUUGCAAACCUCUAUCCUCCCUCUGGAAAAACUAGUGUCUGUGCCACUUGUUUUGUGAUGACUACAAUUUUCCUUAAAAAUCUUUUGGCAGCAUAAAAGGAAUAUUAACCACCUUGGCUUAGCCCCCUCUCCUUUAACCA